CUUCCGAAUUUUGAUUGGGCCUUAAUGUAUUAGGGUAGAAGCCAUCCAGUUAUGGGCUCUUUUAGAGGCCGUAGAAGUGGACCGAAAUCUUGGCACGGACAUCGGGGCAUACGCAGUGAAGGCCCAGAAAACAUUCUAAAGAAUUGGGGGCGGGGGAAGGUGGAGGGAACUGCAAUCCGGCGUCGCUGUUUAAUCAAGGGAAGCGAAGGAAUCUGGGGGCAGCAAGAUUGUGUUGCACUUACAGGCUGAAAAUUGAUAUCCUGGAAAGUCAAAAUCUAUGCCGAUUGGGAUAGUUUUUGAAGGUAGACAAUCUUGGGGAGCAAGGCGCGUAACAAUUGAAAUGGGUCUUUGGUCUAAGCCACGAUUUUUCAGAAGCUCAUAAAGUUCUCUUCCCACGGAACAAAUAUGCUCACUUCUCGUUCUAUUUUCUCUCCCUCCAAACUCCCCUCCCCUCAUGCUCGCUGUCUACUUCAGAGGUUACAUCCAUCAAUUAGCGUUCGGUCCUGCAGAUAUUCCACAACAUCAAAAUACAAUAAGGAAAGACCAGAAGUCCAUCCUGUCAUUUCUGUAGAUGCACAUACUUCUCGUUCAUGGGCUACUUAUAUCAUUUAUUUUUGUGCAGCCAGCUGCGGUCAUGGGGUUUGUUGGGUUAGCUGCCUUUGUUCAUUAUAACGAUGAGAGAAGAGCUGUCUUGAAAGGGCAGGGAAGCACCUCUGUAAACGUAGUUAAAGGACCAGUUAUUGGGGGCCCUUUUGCUCUUAUUGAUACAGAGAAAAGAAUUGUAACAGAGAAAGAUCUUCGGGGGAAUUGGACUCUCCUCUACUUUGGUUACACUUCGUCUCCUGAUGUUGUGCCAGAGCAACUCCAGAUUAUGUCCAAGGCUUUAAACAUAUUAGAGUCUAGACAUAGCGUCAAGGUUCGACCUGUAUUUGUCACAAUUGAUCCACAACGAGAUAACCCAUCACAUCUUCGUGCUUACCUUAAAGAGUUUGAUCCAAGAAUUAUAGGACUGACUGGGCCAGUUGCAGCAGUAAGGCAAAUGGCACAGGAAUACCGUGUUUACUUUAAGAAGAUUGAAGAGGAUGGCAACGAUUAUCUUAUCGAUUCUUCACACAAAAUGUAUUUGUUGAGUCCAAACCUGGAGGUUAUGAGAUGCUUUGGAAUCGAGUACAAUGCUGAAGAGCUAUCACAAGCCAUACUGAAUGCACUACAGAAAACUGCUCACUAAUUACCAACAGGUCUUCAAGUUCUUUCCUUUGCAUUCCUAUUUGUUGUAAGCUUCUUUCUAGUCAUUCAGUGAAAGCCUUGGAGGUGUUAGAUUGAGUUUAUUACCUGAAUUUCAACCCUUCAGAUGUCCAUUAGUAGUAUAAUAGUGUAAACAGAAAAAGGCAAUUUUUUUGUUCAA